AUGGGGUUUGGUUAUUGUUUUAUGUGUUUUUUUGGGGUGUGGGGUUGUGUGGGGUUUGUGUGGUUGGGGGGAUGUGGUGGUUUUGGUGGAUUGUGGGGUGGAAUAGUGUUAGUGUGGUGGGGUUGGGUGGGGGUGUUUUUUGGGGGUUGGGGUGUUUGUGUGUGGGUGUUUGGUGGUAGGGGGUGUGGGGGUUUGGGGGGGGGUGGGUUGUUGUGGGGGGGUGUUAUUAAGGGGGGGAGGGAGUGGGGGGUUUGGUUUAUGUGUUGUUGGGUGUUGGGGUGUUUUGGAGGGUUAGGUUAUUGGGUUGUGGAGAAUGGGUGUGGGAUGGUGGGGGGUUGGUUUUUUGUGUUGAGGUUUGGGGGGGGGGGUUGGGGUUGUUUUAGGUGGGGGGUUGUUGUGGGGGGGUUUGGGGUGUGUGUGUGGUGGUUGGGGUUGGUGGUUGUUGGGGGUGGUUUGGGUGUUUGGGUUGGUGUUGGGUGUGUUUGUGUGUGUGUGUUGGGGUUGUUUUUUUUUUGGGGUGUGUGUGGGGUGGUGGUGGUUGGUGUGUUUGUGGGGGGGGUUUGGGGGUGGGUGUGUUGGUUGUGGUUUGAACGCUAG